CUAAAUAGAAAUGUUAUAAUGUUCUGACGUCAUUAUCGUUUCGGAUCAAUGAUUUCAGAUGAAAACAAACUUGUGAAAUGACGUAUACACUUGGAAUAGACAUCGGGACGACAUCAAGUAAAGUUGUCGUUGUGAAUGAGAAUAAUGAGAUUAUUACAUCACACUCAUAUGCAAAUGAAGCUGAUAUUGUUGGGGUAGCGCAAUAUAAAGAACAAUCGGUGGGGAAGAUUUUAUCUUCGCUGGAUCGUUGUAUGGUGGGUGUGAAGGGGCACCUGGGAGGCAACGUCGAGCGCGUUCAUAGAAUUGCGAUCUGUGGACAAAUGCACGGUUGUGUAUUAUGGGAGGAUUGUGACAUCACAAACACAUCCAACCUGGUCACAUGGCAAGACGCUCGUUGCAACGAGGAAUUUAUUUCAUCGUUGCCAAAAUCUAAACACCGAAUAUCAUCAGGUUUCGGUUGUGCAACACUGUUCUGGUUGUCACGUAACACACCCAAUGUCCUCGAUAAAUAUGAUUGUUGCGGAACAAUCAGUGAUUAUGUCGUAACAAUGCUGUGUGGUGGGAAACCUAUUAUGACAUCACACAACGCUUACAGCUGGGGAUAUUUCGAUUGUGACUCGGGAAAAUGGGAGCGAGAAACACUGACUACAGGGGAUUUUCCCACCCAGUUGCUACCCCAUGUUGUUACCCCUGGGUCAAUAGGGGGCCAUCUUACCCAGGAUUGGUAUGGGGUGAAACGGGACACCCCCGUUCUCGCGGCCAUGGGCGAUUUACAAUGUUCGGUUCGGUCAUGUGACAUCGGGGUGACAGAAGCAGUGAUCAACGUGAGCACCUCAGCGCAGAUCAGCAAGGUUUCAAGGAAACAUCAAACAACAGCGUCAGUGACGUCACUACCGUAUUUCGACCGUCAUGAACUCUUGACCUCUGCAUCUUUGAAUGGAGGAGCCGUGUUUGCUGCCUACGUCACCAUGAUGACGUCAUGGACACGUCAGUUCGCCCCUGACGUCACCGUCGAUGACGUAUACGCGAGGAUAAUCAACGCAGAUGAAGCGGAAACGGAAAUGAGGUUCCUACCUGCUUUGUUUGGGGAAAGACACGAUCCACAUUUAAGAGCCGCCCUCAACAACAUUGGGCAUUGUGACGUCACUAUCGGUAGCAUCGGUCGCGCCAUAUGUCGAGGAAUCGUCCAAAACUUACGCGACAUGUUCGGUGUAUGUGGUGAUGACGUCACCCGUAUAUACGUGUGUGGGGGGGCAUUCAAUCGAAACCAAUUGUUACGUCAUGAAGCAGCCAUUGUGUUUAGCGAUAAAGAUUUAUGUUUCGAUAAAAACUGCGAUGCCGCUUAUGGCGCAACAAUGGUGGAUGUGACGUCAUAAUCGUUUCAUUUGCUCAAUUGAAUAAAUUAUAAUUUGGUUCAAAGG